AUGGCAGCACUUCAGCGUCCUCUGGGCCGAGCCGGAUCUGUAGCACAGCACUUUAUUAUCCAGCAGAAAACCUUCCUCAGCUCGGUUAAUGUGACUGUGGUUGCUGAAGGCUUGUCUCUGUACAUGCAUGCAAGACAUCUGUACAUUUGUGACUUCCACAAAAACUUAAUUCAGAGUGUGAGAAACAGAAGGAAGAGGAAAGGCAGCGAUGAUGAUGGUGACUCACCGGUGCAAGACAUCGACACCCCAGAGGUUGAUUUAUAUCAGUUACAAGUAAACACACUUCGAAGGUACAAAAGACACUUCAAGCUACAGACCAGACCAGGCCUUAACAAAGCACAGCUUGUUGAAAUAAUUGGCUGCCAUUUUAGGACAAUUCCAGUGAAUGAAAAGGACACCUUAACAUAUUUCAUCUACUCGGUGAAGAACGACAAGAACAAACCAGAUCUGAAGAUGGAUAGUGGGGUUCAUUAGACGGAAAAGGUUGGGACUGAAACUCAGGCCACAAAUGAAAAGACUGAGGGUUUUUGUUGAUAUGCAGAAGCUUUCUUUUUAACUUUUUCUCCCCAGAGAGUUUGUCUCUGUUUUAUUUUUCAUAACCUUGCUGAUUUGGUUGAAAACCAUCUCUAUGAAACAAAUUUCCUCAGCAAAAGUAUUUUAAAUAAAUAUCACUGAUAUUGUUGCUCAA